AGUGCUCUUUGCAUGCCUCGUCCAUUUUGUGGAGGAGAAAAUAUAAUCUUGUAAAAAAUAUUCAAGUUAAACUCCAUCUUCUCUUCAUUAAUACGGCAAUAAAACAAGCUAGCAGAAUGACGACCUCACCCUAUCACAUCGCGUCACUCUUGGACAAGAUGACAUCAAGUGAUAAAGACUUCAGGUUUAUGGCCACCAAUGACCUGAUGGCAGAGCUGCAGAAAGAUUCUAUUAAAUUAGAUGAUGAAAGUGAAAGAAAGGUAGUUCAAAUGCUUUUAAAGUUGCUUGAAGACAAGAAUGGGGAGGUACAGAAUCUUGCUGUCAAGUGUCUUGGACCACUUGUUGGUAAAGUAAAAGAGUAUCAUGUGGAGACUAUUGUAGAUACAUUGUGCUCCAACAUGCUGUCUGAUAAUGAACAGCUCCGAGACAUCUCUAGUAUUGGUCUUAAAACAGUAAUAGGAGAGCUUCCUCCAGCUUCUAGUUCUCUUGCAGCCAAUAUCUGUAGAAGAAUAACAGGAAGACUAACAAAUGCUAUUGCUAAGAGUACAGAUGUGUCUGUCCAGCUGGAAGCUCUUGAUAUCCUUGGAGAUCUGCUCAGUAGGUUUGGAGGACUUUUAGUAUCUUAUCAUCCAUCCAUUCAAGCUUCUUUGCUUCCACAACUUAAGAGUGCAAGACUUGCUGUCAGAAAAAGAGCUAUUAUUGCUUUAGGUCAUCUUGUUUUAAGUGCCAACAGUAGUUUAUUUGUUGAGCUGAUGGACCAUUUACUGAAUGAACUGCAACUCAAUACGGCACACUCUACAACAAGGACCUUUAUUCAGUGUAUUGGUGCAAUAUGUCGUCAGGCAGGCCACAAAGUGGGUGAACAUCUUGAAAGAAUUAUCCCAUUCAUCGUAAAAUAUUCACAAGUACCUGAUGAUGAUGAGCUCAAAGAGUAUUGUAUCCAGGCAUUUGAGUCAUUUGUUCAGAGAUGUCCAAAAGAAGUUACUCCCUUCAUACCAAAGAUAAUAGAGCUAUGCCUAAAGUUCAUCUGCUACGAUCCCAACUACAACUAUGGUGAUGAUGCUGAUGAAAAUAUGGAAACAGAUCAAGAGGAAGAAGAAGAAGAUGAUGAUGAUGAUGAAUACAGUGAUGAUGAUGAUAUGAGCUGGAAGGUGCGCAGAGCAGCAGCAAAGUGUCUGACAGCUAUUGUUGGAUCCAGACAUGAACUCUUGUCUGAUCUGUACAAAACUAUUGCUCCUGCUCUUAUUGCAAGAUUCAAAGAGAGGGAAGAGAAUGUCAAGGCCGAUAUUUUCACUGCAUAUAUAACUCUUCUAAGACAAACACGACCAGUAGCUGGACAGGUUGUAGAUGCUGAUUCUAUGGAUGAAGAUAGUGGCCCAUUGAUGAUGUUGCAGAACCAGAUUGGCAACGUUGUAAAAGCACUUCACAAGCAGCUGAAAGAAAAAAGUGUCAAGACAAGACAGGGGUGUUUCCACGUCAUGUCAGAACUAGUAGCAGUCCUGCCUGGUGCUCUCUCAGAACACAUCAGUGCUAUAGUACCAGGAAUACAGUUUUCUCUCACGGAUAAAAGCUCUACCUCAAACAUGAAGAUUGACACAUUGGCUUUCCUCGGCUGUAUCUUAUCACAGCACCCUCCUCAUGUCUUCCAUCCACACAUACUAGUCCUUGUACCACCAGUUGUCCAAGCCAUAGGAGAUCCGUUUUACAAGAUUACAUCUGAAGCGUUAUUGGUUACUCAGCAACUAGUGAAGGUCAUUAGACCAUUAGAUGUAAAAAGUUCAUUUGACUAUAGUCCGUAUGUUAAAGAUAUCUACAACAGUACUCUAAUGAGACUCAAGGCUGCUGAUAUUGACCAAGAGGUGAAAGAAAGAGCCAUAUCCUGCAUGGGACAGAUUCUACACUCACUUGGUGAUGAAUUAGAGCCAGAAUUACCAACAUGUUUACCAAUCUUCCUGGACAGACUAAGAAAUGAAAUCACUCGCCUGACAACAGUCAAGGCUUACACUCUUAUUGCUGGAUCCCCACUGAAAGUAAACCUCAGCUCAAUAUUGAACGAGUCCAUGCCAAUCCUGGCUUCAUUCCUUAGAAAGAAUCAAAGAGCUUUAAAAUUAUCAACAUUAAACACACUGAAUGUAUUGAUGAAUAAUUAUGGAACAUCUCUUGUACCUGAUAACAUCGCUGGAGUGUUAGCUGAAGUCCCACCUCUCAUUAACGAAAGUGAUCUUCAUAUCUCGCAGUUGACAUUAUCACUCUUGACAUCUACUGCUAAAGUCCACACUGAUAGCAUGGCCAAGGCCAGUGCUACAACCCUUCCAGCUGUCAUGGAGCUAGUAAAGUCACCUCUCUUGCAAGGAGGUGCACUGAAUGCAAUGUUGACUCUACUGACUGGCCUCGUUAAUUCUGGAAUCAAAGGAAUGGCAUUUUCUAAUUUAUUUGAGAUGCUUGUCUUACCUAUCUAUGCUCCUCAAGGCAGUCAACAUUUACACAAACAGGCAUAUUACUCUAUUGCCAAAUGUGUCGCUGCUCUGACAAUAUCCUGUCCUAAUGAUGGAGAGUUAGUAGUCAAUACAUUUGUCAAGGACAUACAGAGCUCUAAAGUAUUGGAUGCAGUCAGGUUGUUUUCUUUGCUUUCUCUUGGUGAAAUAGGAAAACAUGUUGAUUUAAGCAGCCAUAAAGACCUUGCCGCAGCAAUACUGAACUGUUUCUCCUCCCCGUCAGAAGAAAUCAAAUCUGCUGCAUCAUUUGCUCUAGGUAAAAUAACUGCUGGUAACCUUACUCUCUACUUACCCUUUCUGUUGAAAGAGAUUGAACAGUCCCCUAAGAAGCAAUAUUUACUUCUUCACUCCUUAAAAGAGGUUAUUUCAUGUGAAGCAUGUACUUCUGCUGGUAUACAAGCUCUUAGACCCUUCAUCGAGUCUAUAUGGGCGUUGCUAUUCAGUCAUUGUGAGAGUACAGAAGAAGGAACCAGGAAUGUUGUAGCAGAAUGUCUUGGAAAACUGACCUUAGUAGAUCCUGUCACAUUACUUCCUCAACUACAGAAAUACCUGGAUUCUGGCUCAGCCUUUGCAAGAAGUACAGUCGUCACAGCCGUCAAGUUUACAAUCUCUGAUCAGCCUCAACCUAUUGAUGUUCAACUCAAGGCAUGUAUUGGACAGUUCCUGCGAACAGUACAGGACGCAGACCUGAAUGUCCGUCGUGUGGCUUUGGUUGCAUUCAAUUCAGCAGCUCACAACAAACCAAGUCUAAUAAGAGAUCUGCUGGACAGUAUUCUGCCUCAGUUGUACAAUGAAACAAAAAUACGAAAAGAACUAAUACGAGAGGUAGAGAUGGGUCCAUUCAAACACACCGUUGACGAUGGCCUGGACAUCAGAAAGGCUGCAUUCGAGUGCAUGUAUACAUUACUGGACACCUGUCUUGAUAGACUGGAUAUAUUCGAGUUCCUUAACCACGUAGAGGAUGGACUCAAAGACCAUUAUGAUAUCAAGAUGUUAACGUUUUUAAUGUUGGUGAGAUUGGCUUCUCUCUGUCCCACCGCCGUCCUACAGCGUGUGGAUAUUUUAGUGGAACCAUUACGUCAGACACUACAAACAAAAGUCAAAGCAAACUCUGUCAAACAGGAGUUUGAAAAACAAGACGAGCUGAAGAGAUCUGCUUUGAGAGCUGUGGUGGCUCUGUUAUCUAUUCAGGAUAGUGAUAAGAGCCCUCUACUGAACGACUUCCUGGCCCAGAUCAAGUCAAGCCCUGAGCUAUCAGCCAUGUUUGAUGCCAUACAGAAGGAUUCUGGCUCCAGUGAGGCAAUGGAUAUUAGUUAAAUAUCAUCCAAUAUGGUCAAAAAAAAKAAUUAUCUCGUGCUAUAAGAGAUCAUAUUAAGCCUCUUUUCUGUUGAGAUCUUUGCAUCAAUGUUUUAAAAAUAUAAAAACACAAUAUAAAACAAAGCGUAAUGAUGUUUGAGUGGCAGCUGUCAAUCAAAAGGAAUGCCACCAAGUCGUUUUCCUGCCCGGCCUCAGUUGUUUGUUCUUACUAUGAUUGUUAGGCAAACAGACAGAGCAUAAUGGUUUAGAGUAAGUGGAAAACUCCUUAAAUUCCUGGUAAACAGUGUUGCUAGAUGGUACAGGCCUGUUGUGUAGUUACAUGAUCAACAAAAGCAUAAAACGGAUCGUCAAGCGAUGGAACUGACGAUAGUAUAAAAAGAUGUUAGAUAAUCAUAUUUGUAGUUCUUAUCUGACAGACUUAGACUUUAGUUAGUGAUGUUGUUAUGUCGAAUACUUAUCUUGCGGUUUGCAGGGAUGAUUGCUAACAGCAAGAGAUAUCGCGCUUCUAAAGUCAUUGAUUUGUAACUAUUAAACUCUUUUUGUAUA